AACUUUUGCCACACAAAAUUGUUCAGUUCUCUUUGCAUCAUUUUCAUACUUCACCAGGAUGAAAGGAAAGAGGCGUGAAGAAAUCGUCGGCCCCCUGGGAACCGCCUUUGGUGCAGCCCGUUGCCGUGGAGACCGACAGAAACACUGGCUGGAAACCCGCGGCCAGGAGGCGAUGGCCACGUUAGCCCGGCUGCAAUCUCGAUCGCUGGCCUUAGGACAUCAGUUCUACUUUAGGAACGGUGUUGUGGACACCUUUAGAAGAAAAGAGAAUGAUGCAGCUAUUUACAUCCAGAGCUGGUUUCGAGGAUGUCAAAUUCGGGCUUAUCUCAGGCAUUUAAACAGAUCAGCAGUAACUAUUCAAAAAUGGUGGCGAAGUUUCUUAGGCAGACAAAAAUUUCAAGAAAUUGUGAAGGUAGCAUAUUAUGCUAUGAAGAUGAAUUUCUACAAUACAAUGGCUGUCAGGAUUCAGAGACGAUGGCGAGCCUAUAAGAUUCGGAAAUACCUCUUUAAUUAUUAUUAUUUGAAAGCAUACCUGAAAGCUGUUUCAGAGACUAAUGAUGCAAUCAGGGAGGCACUGGAGGAGUUUGCAGAAAUGAAAGAAAGAGAAGAGAAAAAGGCUAACCUGGAGAGGGAAGAGAAGAAAAGAGAUUACCAAGCUCGAAAGAUGCAUUACCUCCUCAGCACAAAGCAGAUUCCAGGUAUAUACAAUUCACCAUUCAGAAAAGAGCCUGAUCCAUGGGAGUUGCGUUUACAGAAGGCAAAGCCUUUAACACACCAAAGACCUAAAGUUAAGCAGGCCUCCUCCACAGACCUUACCAGCUGGCUAGCUUGUACAAGCGCCCGUUCUUUUCCUCGGUCUGAAAUUCUGCCACCUAUUAAUAGGAAGCAAUGUCAGGGGCCCUUCAGAGAUAUCGCUGAUGUGUUAGAACAACGCUACAAGCCUUUGGAACCAACGUUGCGGGUGGCAGAACCAAUCAAUGAAAUAACAUUGGCCAGACAGGAGCUCAAAAGAGGGGAAUGGGUACAAAGAGUAAACGACAAUGUGUUUUUGCCAUUUUCCUCCUACAAUAAAAAUGAAAAGUAUAUCCCAUCAAUAAAUUCGUCAAGCAAGUAUGGUCCUGAUUCUUACGGAAAACAACAUUUCCGAACUCAAAAUCCUAAAAAAUGGAUCUGUGACAAGGAUUUCCAAACUGUAUUACCAUCAUUUGAUCUGUUCUCCAAGUAUGGAAAAUCAUAUUCAAAAGCUGGACAAAUUAUAUAAAGAAAACAAAAGAAGAGGAAAUGUAAAAAUGAGGUUAAGGUGUGAAAUGAUUGUGAAGUAGAAGACCCCACUGCCUGGAGUUCUGGAUUCUACUUUCUAUCUUAGCCUCUGCAGUUUUUCUCUCUCUUUUAUGUGCAGAAGAAAAAACUGAAACCAUCUCCAUUAAAAACUAUAGAAUUCUACAAGGAAAAUACAAGUAAGACUCCUAUAGGAAAUACACUUAGCCCGUACUGACUAUGAUUUAAUAAACUAUAA